GCCGCCGCGAGAUCCCCUUCCGCUCGGAGGCGCUGCAGGGGCCGCGGAGCUGACUGCGGCCGGGGCAGGAGAGCCCGGCCGAGGGCUGACAUGCAGCAGCUGUGCUGCUGAAGCCCCACCCUCCCUGCCUUGAGGUGGGGGCCCACCAGGAUGAACAAACUGUCCAGGGAUUUGGCCUGUGACUUGGAACGCAGCCUGCCAGCUGUGGCCUCCCUCAGCUCAUCUCUGUCCCACAACCAGAGCCUGUCCUCACACUUCCUCCUGCCACCUCCUGAGAAGCGCCAGGCCAUCUCUGAUGUCCGCCGCACCUUCUGUCUUUUCGUCACCUUCGACUUGCUCUUCAUCUCCCUGCUCUGGAUCAUUGAGCUGAACACCAACACAGGCAUUCGGAAGAGCCUGGAGCAGGAGAUCAUCCACUACAACUUUAAAACUUCCUUCUUUGACAUCUUUGUCCUGGCCUUCUUCCGCUUCUCUGGACUGCUCCUGGGUUAUGCGGUACUGCGGCUCCGGCACUGGUGGGUGAUUGCGGUCACCACGCUGGUGUCCAGCGCCUUCCUCAUUGUCAAGGUCAUCCUCUCUCAGCUGCUCAGCAAAGGGGCAUUCGGCUACCUGCUCCCCAUUGUCUCCUUUGUCCUUGCCUGGUUGGAGACCUGGUUCCUUGACUUCAAAGUCCUACCCCAGGAGGCUGAGGAGAAGCGAUGGUAUCUUGCUGCCCAGACCGCUGUCGCCCGAGGACCCCUACUCUUUUCUGGAGCUCUGUCCGAGGGCCAGUUCUAUUCACCCCCAGAAUCGUUUGCAGGGUCUGAUAAUGAAUCGGAUGAAGAAGUUGUUGGGAAGAAAAGCCUCUCUGCCCAGGAGCGGGAGUACAUCCGCCAGGGGAGGGAGGCCACGGCUGUGGUGGACCAGAUCUUGGCCCAAGAGGAGAACUGGAAAUUCGAGAAGAAUAAUGAAUAUGGAGACACUGUGUACACCAUUGAGGUUCCCUUUCAUGGCAAGACAUUCAUCUUGAAGACCUUCCUGCCCUGCCCUGCGGAGCUGGUGUACCAGGAGGUGAUCCUGCAGCCCGAGAGGAUGGUGCUAUGGAACAAGACGGUGACCGCCUGCCAGAUACUGCAUCGAGUGGAAGACAACACCCUCAUUUCCUAUGACGUGUCUGCUGGGGCUGCGGGCGGCGUGGUCUCCCCCAGGGACUUUGUGAAUGUCCGACGCAUCGAGCGACGAAGAGACAAAUACCUGUCAUCAGGCAUCGCUACCACCCACUGCACCAAGCCCCCAACACACAAAUACGUCAGGGGAGAGAAUGGUCCUGGGGGCUUCAUCGUGCUCAAGUCGCCUAGUAACCCCCGUGUCUGCACCUUCAUCUGGAUCCUGAAUACAGAUCUCAAGGGCCGCCUGCCUCGGUACCUCAUCCACCAGAGCCUCGCAGCCACCAUGUUUGAAUUUGCCUUUCACCUUCGGCAGCGCAUCGCAGAGCUGGGGGCCCGGGCAUAGCCGUGCCCCCUCGCCACCCUGAGGGCCAGGGUUCUGUCGACAUAGCCUCCAGAGCCAGAGGGGCUGUGGGGCUGCCCACAGAGGACCUGGCCUCAAGCGUAGGAGGACGUUUCCUCCCAUAGCAGCCCCUGGCUCCAAGCUACCAUGCUUCGCUGAGCCUGAGCCGCAGCCAUGAGCAGGUCGUGGGGUCAAGCGUCUGGACUCCGGGGCUCUGCCACUUAGGCAAGUGGAGUCCGUCCUGAUGUUUACAUGGCGUCUCUGCCUCGUGGAAGGGGAGCUCCCCUGUCCCCUGCCUAGCGAGGGGCAGGGUCUGGAAUGGGAGCCUCAGGCUCAGUGGGUGAGGACCAGGGCCCUGGGCAGGAUGGAGGCCAGAGCAGCCUUGUCACCAGUGUUACGGUGCGGGAGCCCCUUCACCUGCCUGCUCUCUCAUCACAGUUUUUUGGAAUUAUUUAAAGGGUCUGGGACCUUUUCCACAUGUACUUGCAGGUGGGGAUGGUGGGUGCUGUCAGUGAAUCCCUACCUCUCCCAGAUCCUCUCCCUCCCCCCAGGGCCUCCUUGGGGACCUUUUCAUUUGAGCCAGUUAAAAACAAACAAAAAAGAAAAAAGCAUCCCUUCCAGCCUGACCUCUUGAGGGAAGGGGAGGCUAGCACUGUGCUGGUGGGGAAGGAGUGAGCCACCACUGUGGCCAGAUACAUGGCACAUUCACACCCUGGAGCCAGUGGGGACUCAGUUCCUGGGACCUGCCCCCCCAACACACACACACCCUCCUAAUAUACACACACUUUCCAGAAUGGUUCAGCUGGGCAGAUGACUGGUCAGAAAAAAUUGCCCCACCCCCUGCCAGACUUCCUGUGAGAGAAGGUCAAGUUAAGGUCUCCAGUCCAGGAUUUGGGAGGAAGUAGGAGAGACCCAGCAGUGCCCAGAGCAGGCCCUGGCUAUUUCUGGGGUCCCGUGAUCAGCAGGGGGCCCGGAGGUGGGGCCUGGCCUUCCUGGUCACUGAGGCACCUCUGGGGUCUCUGCUCUGCUCACAUGCCCCCUCUGCCCUGCCACACUCACCUAAGUCAGAUCCUAGGCAAGAGCCAGGGUGGUGCCCCCCUCCCUCCCUGCCUGAGGCUCCCAAAGGAGCCAACUCACUCAAAGCCGGAGGGGCCCAUCUUGGUCCUGGCUGCAGUGUGACCCUGAGCAAAUCUGUGUCUCGGUCUCUAGUUCCUGCUUCGUGGAAAUGAGAUUUAUUAUGUCAUAGGGUUAUUAUAAGAUUAAAAGAUACCGAGACUCAGGUAUAGUGCCUCAGUAAUCAAGAGUAUGCAGUUCAGCCCUGGCCAGUUUGGCACAGCAGUUAAAGUGUCGGCCCGUGGACUGAAGGAUCCUGGGUUUGAUUCCUGGUCAAGGGC